AUGUACACCACGGAUGAUGAAUUGACUCCGUCCGAGUCUGGCUACACCACACCGCCUCUGUCGCCGGCCAAAACUAUCAGUACAGAAGGCUGGUCGUCACCUAGGACCCCAGGGUCACCCCGCAAAAUUCGAAGCUGUUUGUUCUUUCGAAAUGUUGGACCUGAGCAUGACGAUGCUUUCUUCACUCCCCCACCUUCUCCUACAAAGCUGAAAUUCGCGUCUCAACUCGGCACACUUUCAAUACCAGAAAUUCUCUCGCCCACGCGCGACCCUAUCUCUUCAGCCUUGAUCGAGGAAUCACCUGCGAAACGAACUCUACCUUUGUUCGAUAGCUUACCUUCUCAACGGUCAUUGACCGCUGCUCGUCUCACCAAUCGCUCUUCACCCGCCGCGGUCGACCACACUGAAACUGUAAAGCCUUCCUGUAUACCUUCGCUUGAUUUCUCGAGACCCUCUUCACCUCUCGAUGGUCGCAACAAGCGAAGAAGAAGCUAUCGUAGCUCAUCCGAUAGCUCCAUAGACGCUCUCGUUGCACGGUACGCGACUCCACCAACGACACCGACCGAGAUUAAUGCCAGUCACUGUUCUGAUCAGCUCGUGAAAGAUUCCAGACCCCCUGCGAGGGUUGUUGGGACCCCGCUUAGAUCAUCGAGCUCUCCCCUAAGACCCAGUCAAUGGGUUUCGCGUGGUGGCUUGCUAUCCUCCCCACGCAAGUCACAGGUAAGUACUCCGGAUCGCUUCAUCCAUUGCCGGCGUCCGCCCGCAGUCACACGCGAGAGCUUCGAGCUGAACAAACCGAUCGAGCGUGAACAAAUCUCCCAUCGCGGACACCGUGCUGGUGGUGAUCCCUUCAGCCGUCGAGUGCGCAGGAGCGAUCGCCUCAGCGCUGAACUUCGAGGGUUGAGAGAGGCUUAUACAGUUAUCGCAAGAAGGACUAUUGGGAGUCGCCCGAGUCCAUACUCCAGGUUGAGGAGCAGCUCUCCUACAACAACUGCACGCCAGAUCAGCGCUGGUGCUGUGUGGAACGUCGGCGGAUCUUCCGCGGUGAGCGACACGGUAGCGGCAGUUUCUACAGGCAAUGGGGGUAUGCUUGGAAGUGGUACCAUGGCACCCCUCUACACAUCAACAUUUCUCAACCGAGCGGAUCCUGAGGCUGAACUAGAGGCAUACGAGAGGCGCCUGGCAUUGGCUCUGGACGUUGAUCAGACAGAUCGAAUUCUUUACCAUACGCCGUUACGAUUCGACCGACCCGGCACACGAUCCAACGUAACACAGUUCCCGAAUCCGCAUGUAUGGAGAGAUAGCGCUUGGGCCCACGAUGAUAUCCAGCCGCUUCUCGACGCGCCUCAAUUGCGGGACGACUACUACUGCACCUUGCUUGCGUACUCUUCUACCGCCAAAUAUCUCGCGGUGGGACUUGGAAAUUUCGUACAUCUGUGGUCCGAACGAGACGGCGUAAAGACCCCUGAAUCGAUCAACUCUGUUCCCACAGACUCAGAACCAGACACUCAUCACAUCACUUCUCUCGAUUUUUCAUCCACACAAGGUGGACAAGCAAUCCUCGCCGUGGGGCGAGCAGAUGGUCGCAUCGGGCUCUGGAGCCCUUUCGGUUUCGAGCCCAGGUUCAAUGCUACACAGCCAAAACCAGUAUCAUGUGUCUCAUUCAGACCGACUACCGUACAGCGCCCAUCGCUUCGAGAUAGGGCGAUCACUGUGGCAACGGAGGAACUACUAGUCGGGGAUGAAGUUGGGCACAUCUAUCUAUACAGUAUCGAAUGGCCAUCAGAAACACAGAGCGCGCUUUUCGGCUGGCACGGAGCCAUGACAUUACUCGCCCGUAUGACCAUACACACCCAGCAGAUCUGCGGACUGGCAUGGUCUGCAACCGGCGACAUGUUUGCUAGCGGAGGUAACGACAACAACUGUUUUCUCUUCGAAUCCAAACGAAUGCUCCAGUCGCCUACCAACUCAGAUACCUCCGCAAUCCUCGACGUCCGGGAGGGCCCAACCGGUGAGUCUAUUUACACAGUCACCAACCGCUCAAGCCCUGUUCUCCACCUUCCUCACACAGCAUCAAAACAGAAAUGGGUCCUGAACGCUGCUGUCAAAGCGAUAGCCUUUUGUCCUUGGCAUAGCGGUCUUGUUGCCGUCGGCGGCGGUUCAAAUGAUCGCUGCAUUCACUUUUACCAUACACGCUCAGGCGCAUGUCUUGCGACGAUUGACUGCGCUGCCCAAGUCACAAGUCUUGUGUGGAGUCAGACAAGGCGUGAAAUCGCGGCUACUUUCGGCUUUGCGCAGCCAGAGCAUCCGUAUCGCAUCGCAGUAUUUGCAUGGCCGAGUUGCGAGCAAGUCGUUGCCGUGCCGUGGUGGGAUGAGAACCGUGCGCUGUGUGCGGUGGCGUUCCCAGGUGGACCGAUGAGUAUGCCUGGUGUGGGGAGUGGGGAGAGGGCAGCAGGCGAAGACGAAUUGUGGGGUCGACACAGAUCAGAGGAUGGGUGUCUAGUUGUUGCAGCGAGCGACAUGGCGAUUAGGUUCCAUGAGAUUUGGACUGGGGGACGUGUUGGUAAUAGUAUUGGAGGGCUGUUAGGAGAUAAAACAGGAUUGCUUGGAAGCGACAUCCUGGAUGUGCAGCAUGGGAUCGAGAGACCGGGUACGACUAUUCGGUAAGACUUUGCGGUAGGUUGGACCAUGGGUAAAGCAUUAAUCAGUGGGAUGCUUAGUACGAGCACAGUCCACAGCACACAGUAAGGGGGGUUCAAAUCGUGAAGUAAUGCAAUUGUAUCAUUGAAGACAACUGCCUUGUGCAGUCAGUGGUAUGAGACGCCCAUGCCUAAAAUCCCGGAGCAUGCUUCCAGAAGCACGAAGUCUGCACCCUGUUCUCGUGCCGACGCCAAAGUAAACAUUCACGACUUUUCAUCAUUUAUCAUGACACCUCCAGUAGUAGAAAUCUAGUGGCGCAUGGAAGAGGCACGCCUCUUGCGGGCCUCCUCGUGGGAGACCUUGGCCUCGGAGAUGCGCUUGGACAGAAUCUGGGCGUACUCGCUCUGUGUAUCGUUAGUGCUCUGAUGUGUAUAGUCGCAAAUAUGGAGAAAC